UCAAUUUCUAUAUGCAGCAACUAUGACAUAUUUCUGACCAGAGAUUGCUUAGCCUAUGCGAGAGUGAAGCCUGCUGUCAAUCAGAUCGAGACACAUCCUUAUUUCCAGCGAGAUUCUCUUGUUAAGUUUUGUCAGAAACACGGUGUCUGUGUUACUGCCCACACUCCUCUUGGAGGUGCCACAGCCAACACAGAAUGGUUCGGUUCAGUGUCAUGUUUGGAUGAUCCAGUUCUUAAAGGUCUUGCCAAGAAGUACAAUAAGACUGUGGCUCAGAUUGUUCUUCGCUGGGGUAUCCAACGGAAUACAGUCAUAAUACCGAAGUCAUCAAAAGUCGAGAGAUUGGAGGAGAACUUUCUGGUAUUUGAUUUCGAGCUUACUAAAGAAGACAUGGAUUUUAUCAGAACUAUUGACCGCAAAUACCGGACCAAUCAACCUGCCAAGUUUUGGGGCAUAGACUUGUAUGCAUAAGUUGCUUGUGCAUCGAAUCUGCAAAGGCUAAUAUGCUCUUGUCUUGGAGGGAUAAAGGAUGGGAGAGGCAGAUUGUUUCUCAAUCUUGCAUCGGUGGAAAGUUUGUUGCUUAAAGUAUCCGAACCUAUGGAUACACUAGAUGAUUACAUUCAUCGAUUGUGAUUCACUCCAAGAAGGAAAAUUGAAUUUAAUUUGAUCUUUCACAUUGUGUGCCAGGUAUUUGAUCAAAUCUUCCGAUAGGAAACUAAAAUGCUUGAAUCCAUUUAUUCAAUCUGUAUGAUGGGACUUUCACCACAACAGAUUAAAUAACUGGAGUAAAAGCUUACCAUGUAGCAAAUUUCGUGUCUACAGCAUCCAUUGACUAUCAGUUUUCUAGCCUCAUUUCUGUGAGUAAAAUGCCCCCCAUAAUAUACCAGCAUCAGGAUAUCACCUU